AUGUCUCAACCUCAAUUCAGUGAAAACGAUCAACGUGAACUCGCUCAGUUCCUCGAAGCCGAACAAGCUAAAGCCCGUGUUCAAGAAACUGUUCACAGCAUGACUGACAACUGUUGGGAUAAGUGCAUUUCCAAAGUCAACAACAAGUUGGAUCGUUCUGAAGAAGCAUGUCUUGCCAACUGUGUUGACAGAUUCUUGGAUACCAGUUUAUUCAUUGUUAAGCGCUUGGAAGAUAUGAGAUCAAGUGGCAUGUAA